UCAGAAAGCCGUGCAGAAGUGGGGACGAAGGCGGAAGUAAAGUGAUAACGCGGGAGAUGGAUAGGGUUUUUGAAACAUAGUAACUACUUCCUUGAAUCCGCCAUUUCAAAGGUGCGUGCUUGUUUGCUUGAAUCUUUCGAUGUUCUAACGUUUUCGUGUUGGAACUAUCAGCGCAACAUUCAAUUCUACGAGUCUGAGGUGGUUGAAAAAACAAUGAUGGCGAGAGUCACUCCCCUUUUCUGCAUCUUUACGCAAUCCCAUUGCUCUCGCCCAUUCCUCUCUUCUUCGAACGUCAAACACACCAUAACUUUCUCUGCCUUCAGCACUUUAGCCCAAUCACGAGACGAAGGAUCAACGCUCGUUAAGCUUUCAAGCAGAGCGAGGAGAAAAGCUUUCCACGAUUCUCCAGAGGGAGUUCUGCUACGCAAACUAAACGAGUGUUCAAAGGACGGUGAUGUUAUUCAAGCACUUCGUCUCUACGACGAGGCUCGAAAAUUGGGGGUUCUGCUAAAUCUCGAUCACUAUAACAAAUUGCUCUACCUCUGUUCCGUUGAAAAUGCCAGCGUCUCCGAUUUAGGUCUCAAAAGAGGGUUUGAGAUCUUUCAGCAGAUGAUGAGUGAUCGAGUUCGGCCUAAUGAAGCUACCUUUACCAAUGCUGCUAGGCUUGCUGCUGCCAAGGAAGACCCUGACAUGGCUUUUGAAUUGCUGAAGCAAAUGAAAAAUGUUGCUAUUGCUCCUAAGCUGAGAUCAUUUGGACCUGCUUUGUAUGGAUUUUGCAAGAGGGGUGAUGCUGAGAAAGCUUAUCAAGUUGAUGUUGACAUGAUUCAAUCUGGUAUUGUGCCUGAGGAGCCUGAGCUUUCUGCUCUUUUGGAUGUUAGUGUCAAUGCGAGAAAUGAAGAUAAGGUCUAUGAGAUCUUGCAUCGAUUGCGUGCUUCGGUGAGGCAGGUGUCCGAAUCAACUUUUCGGAUAGUUAAGGACUGGUUUAACUCUGAGUAUGCUGCAAAAGUUGGGAAGAAGAGUUGGAAUGUUAAUGGGGUACGAGAUGGGAUUGUGCGGGGAGGUGGUGGAUGGCAUGGACAAGGGUGGCUUGGAAGUGGGCAGUGGAAGGUGGCGAAGACUCAGGUGAAUGAGGAUGGCGUGUGUAUCACGUGUGGUGAGAAGCUUGUGAGCAUUGAUAUUGAUCCAAAGGAGACUGAAAACUUCGCUGCUUCUUUGUCUAAAUUGGCUUGCCAAAAAGAAGCUAAGGCAAACUUCGAUCAUUUUCAGAGGUGGCUUCAGCGGCAUGGUCCAUUUGAUGCUGUUGUAGAUGGUGCCAAUAUUGGCCUUGCCAAUGGGCAUAAGUUCAGCUUUUCGCAGCUUAAUUCUGUUGUUGAACAAUUACAUCAAAUGAGCCCUUCGAAGAGAUUGCCACUUAUAAUUUUGCAUAAAAAUCGGGUAACUGGUGGUCCUGCUCAGAAUCCAAAAUACAGGAGACUGAUAGAAAAUUGGAAAAAUAAUGGUGCUCUUUAUGCUACACCUCAAGGUUCAAAUGAUGACUGGUACUGGUUAUAUGCUGCUGUUAGUUGUAAAUGCUUACUGUUGACGAAUGAUGAAAUGAGGGACCACUUGUUCCAACUACUGGGUUCGAGUUUUUUCCCGAGAUGGAAGGAAAAGCACCAGGUUAGAACAUCAGCCUCAUCGUGUGGACCUUUCCUAAUUAUGCCUCCCAGUUAUUCAAUAGUUAUUCAGGAAUCGGCCAAUGGUAGUUGGCAUGUGCCAACUGUAACUAGUGAUGAUCAUCAUGAGAUCCGAAGGAAAUGGUUGUGUGCCACAAGACCCCCAAAAAACUCAUUACAUAAUCUAUGGACAUCCACCUCCACAUCUGAUGGCACGUGAGGAGGGAGGAGUAUUUUCAUCUCCCUGUUUUGUCUUCCGUGGUGAUCCAAGUUUUUCCUCAUCUUGAAUUGCUGUUGAAUGCAGCUGUUAUGAAUGCAAGGCCUAACAUAUGGUUCUGCUACCAUUUCCUUCUCUUUUUUGAGUAAUUUAUAAUUUCUAUAGCUCAAUUGCUUUAGGCGGCCCAAAAGAAAGAAGAAAGCUUCUCCUUCUAUAUGUAAUAUCUUCAAAUUUUUCUAUAUAACUGAUAAAAGCUGCCGGUAUUCGGAAUGAGUACUUAAGGUAAGUUUAAGCAGCACGGAUGAGAUGACUUGGGGGAGUAUCUUAUUGGGGAAGCUAAUUUGUCUCGUGCAUUUUGCUCGAGAGCCUUUGUUCAAGUGGCAUUGAGUUUUUUCAGGAACUGAUUAGUCACAGGACAGAACUUAGUUCACUUUGUCUGCACUUCAGUCUGCCUUCAUGUACCAGCUUUGCAACCAACAAGAAAGAAAAGGAUGAUAAUACUGUUGUGCUACCGUACUUUUCCCGAAAAAUUGAGGGUAGAGUUGAUUUUAGCGAUGAUUAUUAUUUGGGUCAUUGAGUUCUCGAAAUAAAUGUAUAGAGUGGAUUCAUGCAAAAAUAUUGGCCGCUUCAAAUUAUUGAUCUACACUGUACAUUUGAUGAGCAUCAUGCAUGGCGUAGCAUUUCAUUUGACCGGGGUGUGAUUCCCUUCAAUGACUAAAAAUUAUGAAUAUCUUCUCAUAUGUUAGUUGCAUCCUUCGAAAUAGUUAUGGCCUGUCUGUACUAGAUGAAUCCUGAUGCAACAUUUGGCUGAAAAAAGACAGUCUGUUGAAUUGUUACCUGGAUAUCAAUCCACCAAGUUUUCAUAGGUUUUAUGUUAAACCUCAGUGUUGAAC